CCGUGUUUCAAAUUCCAUCACUUGUAGUUGUAGGAAAUUUGAUACUUUUGGCAUACUUUGUUCACAUGCUUUAAAAGUGUUUGAAUUGAAUGAUGUUAAGGUAAUUCCUGACAACUAUAUUUUAAAAAGGUGGACAAGAGAAGCCCGUUAUGGCGUUGUGCAAGAUUUUAGGGGAAAGGAGGUUGAAGGAGAUCCUAACUUGUCUAGAAAUCGAAUGUUCAGACAAGUUGUCUCUAAGUUCAUUAAAGCGGCAACUGAAGCAUCACCCAAGGAAGAAUGGCUCAAGUUUCUUGAUAAUGGUGUAGAUGACAUGUUCAAGAAAAUAAUUGAACUUCGGACACAAGCUAUGGACAAUAACGGUGAUAAUGGUGCUCGUCCAGAAGUUGUGAGUUUGGAUUUUAUGCAAGCAAAGGGGUUCAGGGUACGACCCGGUUCAAAGCGAAUUAAGCGACACAAAAGUUGUCUGGAAAAACAGCAUAGUCGCGCUACAUCUAGGCGCGCUCCACCUAAAGAAAAAAGUUCACAGGUUGAUGGAGUAUCUUGUUCUGCGCCUACAACUUAUGAGCCCCCACAAGCACAUGAGUCUCAAGUCAAUUACACAGCCAUGCUAAUGGUAAUUUCAAAAACAAAUUCAUAAUGAACUAUUCAUACAUUCAACAAGUAUCGUGAUGCUAAUUUUUAAGUUGUUAUUAAUGUAGG